AUGAUCACGUUUUUUGGCGUACUACCUGCGGUUUAUAGACGUCACUUCGCUUUAGAGUAUGGUGGCUAUAUAGGCAUAUUCUUCACAUUUCAAGCUGUCUCAGUAUCAAUAUUUGCUACUUUCUCGUUUUUAAUACAAAUGCGCCGAGAGCAGAAGAUAAUUAAUCUGGUAAAUCUGUUCUUUCGAUUACACGAUCGUGUAGUGGAAAAAACUCACUCCGUUAAUAUGUUUCGGGAAAAGUUUAUUUUUCUGUUAUGUCUAAAAUUUACUGCCACAAUUAUAGGCUUCACCGGUGAGAUACCAUCACUUAUUCAUGUCGAACCUUAUUUACAAAUACUUUUCUACAUCACGUCGACAUUUGGCGUCUACAUGUGGUUGAGCUCGAUGUUCGUAUUGGAUGUAUGUUUUUUGGGAUUUUUGGUCAUUUCCAGUAUGUAUGAGGAAAUGGGAGUCUAUCUAAAAACUAUGCUGCAUAAAAUGAAGUAUAUUGAGACAAAAGAUAAAUUUGGAAUUUCGAUAAGUCAUUAUCAUUGCAUGAAGCUACUAUGCGAAAGCGCGGAUAACAUCGACAUAAGCGGUGCUAUAUAUCACGAUCUUUACGAAAUAACUAAUCAUUUCAAUCGUAUAUUUCACUGGCAGAUUCUUUAUUACAUUUAUUAUAAUUUUAUGGUGAUUUUGUUAUUAUUACAUGGUUGUAUAUAUAUGUAUUUAAGCACUGAUUUCAUUAACUUCAUGGACCUUGCAAUGGUUUUAACAAAGUUUACCAACUUAGCACUUCUCAUUAUGUGUGCGGACAACAUUGUACAGAAAUCUGAAAUUCCCAAUUUACUUGCAUUGGAUAUUGUGUGUUCGGAUAUUGAUGAAAGAUGGGAUAAAAGUGUUGAGACGUUUAUAAAUCAACGCAAAACCGAAAAUUUGGAAAUUAAAAUUUUAGGGUUUUUUCAACUGCAGAAUGAGUUCAUUUUGGUUAUAUUAUCAGCAAUUAUAUCUUAUAUGUUUAUUUUAGUACAAUUUGGUUUAAGCGACGCCAAAAACCAAACUGACAGUGUCGUUAAAAAUGAAUUUGUACAAACUCACUAA